AUGAGUGCUCUGGGUUUCUUCCCCAUUGAGCAAGAGGUACAAAGUCCUUAAUGAGGACUAAUGUAGUGACUAGGCUAAUUUGGAAAUGAUUGAUCAAUCUAGUCCUUUGAUCAUUUUCUGUUUUCGUUCCCCUUUUUUUUUUUACUGAUAAUAAGUUAUAAUGAGUUAUAACAAUGAGUUAGGUUCAGUAUAGAAAGAAUAAUGUUUGUUGAUCAUGACUCUCUCCAGCUGGAGGACAUGCAGAACGAAGUAAAGUUCAUCAGGUAUGCUGAGACUGGGAGAUAUGUGACCGACAUAGACCUGGAGGAGUUAAUUAAGCUGUACGUCAACCACCGGCCAGCGUUUGGCAUCUCCAGGAAGGAGUUGCUUCACAUCUUCCAGGUCCUGGGUGACCCCUAUGUGACGAGAGAGCCUGUAGUGAACAGGGACGAGCUGCUGGAACUCUUCCAGGACAGAGCUGCGCUAGGCUAG